UCUCAUUGUUUUGGUUCACCUUCUUCAUUCAUUCAUUCAUUCAUUUCAUCAAAAAAGUGACAGAAAUAAUCCAGCUCUCUUCCUACUGCUACUGGGUUUCUUAACUCUGUCACGUCACACAGGAAAGAAAGAGGAAAAUGGCAGCACAGACCCUUGUAUCCUCUUCUCUUACCUCUUCAGUGGAGUCUGCUAGACAACUACUUGGAGGACGGCCUUUCCAAUCUCCAAGAAAGGCUUCGUUCGUUGUUAGAGCAGCUUCUACACCUCCUGUUAAGCAAGGAGCAGAUAGGCAGCUUUGGUUUGCCUCCAAACAGAGCCUUUCUUAUUUAGACGGCAGUCUUCCAGGCGACUAUGGGUUCGACCCACUUGGGCUUUCAGACCCUGAAGGAGCAGGAGGGUUUAUCGAGCCGAAUUGGCUAGCCUACGGUGAGAUAAUCAAUGGACGAUUUGCCAUGUUGGGUGCUGCAGGCGCAAUUGCUCCGGAGAUCCUCGGCAAGCUGGGUCUGAUUCCGGCGGAAACUGCACUCCCCUGGUUCAAGACGGGUGUAAUUCCACCAGCAGGAACAUACAAUUACUGGGCGGACCCCUACACCCUAUUUGUGUUGGAGAUGGCACUGAUGGGAUUUGCAGAGCACAGGAGAUACCAGGACUGGGCCAAGCCUGGUUCCAUGGGGAAGCAGUAUUUCCUAGGAUUGGAGAAAUAUUUGGGAGGGUCUGGAGACCCAGCUUAUCCUGGGGGACCCUUCUUUAACCCGCUUGGGUUUGGAAAGGAUGAGAAAUCCCUCAAGGAUCUGAAACUCAAGGAAGUAAAGAAUGGGAGGUUGGCCAUGUUGGCCAUCUUGGGUUACUUUGUGCAAGCACUAGUCACUGGAGUUGGUCCCUACCAAAACCUCUUGGAUCACUUGGCUGACCCAGUCAACAACAACAUCUUGACUAGCCUCAAGUUCCACUAGGUUUAGCCUUUGGGAAUCAAUCAAUGCCCAUAAUCCUACAUACCCAUCUCUCUUAACCCUCUCUCUCUCUCUCUCUCUCUCUCUCUUGUAACAUUUUGUGAAGCCUUGUAAUUGGCUAUUGGUAUAUUAUGUGAAUGAAUGAUGCAGAUCUCUCUCUCUGUGUUAGCACAUACAUUUAAAGGUAGAAUAUUUUGCACA